UGAUGAGCUUAUGAGUUUAUUCCGUCAGCCGGUGAUGUUUAUUCAAUAAACUCACCUUUUUGAAAUUAUGAUUAUCAUCAAAUAUUAUUAUUUAGCCAGCAUAAUGUGAUUGUCGACAUCACGAAAUAUGUUCACGUAUCGACGCUACUAAGUGACAGGUCAGAAGUCACAACGAUAUCGCUAUCUUCGUCAUAUCAAAAAAGUAUUAGAAUAACAAUGGUUCAUCCCAUUUUACAAAUCUUCAUCCCCGACACGCUUCAAGCCUCGCUUAUCCAGUAUGAGAGGCAAAGAGGUCACCGUCACGGCCGUCAAGCCUUCAAUCUUAUCGGGUUUACUCAGAGACAAUCUCAAAACUGUCCUCAUCUUCCCGAUAACGAAAAAGAUCAAAAAGGUCACUCCUCCUCUCAGGCGCAACAUCUCCUCCUCCCCGACCUCGUUCAAGUCUCUCUUGUCGCGUUAUCUUCGUCCUACAAGGCGUACGAGUCUAGUGCGUAUCACGAUGAUGAAGUCGUUGGUCAAGUCAUCCUUGAUGACGAACCCCUCCAACCAACUCCGGCCUGGGCAUGUUCCGAACUUUCUUCCCUGUUUGUCACGCUACGUCUUUUUUCGCCAUCGUCGCCUUCCUCCGCGUCGUCCAUUCGGGUGGAACGUGUCGUCUUAGACGGCCUCGUCUUAUCCCCUGACCCUGGCGUUGUCAUCCUCUUCCAUUACUCGCCCUCCCUCCUCAAUCAAGCCCACCAUUUGCGCCACCUUCACGAAUCCGAGAGUGGACUGCCUCCCCUUCUUCGCGCCGCGUUUCGCCCUCUUCCUCGCGAUCGGAACGACCUUAUUCCCCUCCAAGGGAGAGAAUGGCCUUCAAGUGAGGUCGCGAGUGACCCAUUCGGCCUAGAAUUUGGGGAUGAAAUCGACUCUUCCACGGCCAGUUGGCGUGAUAGGGUCCUUUCAAGGUCGAUGGGGGUUAAGCAGAUUAAUCUCCGUGCUCGGUUGGUGUUAAAUCUAUUUCACGGUAAAUUGUCGAUCCUCGCGGGGCUCAACUUGAUUGCACUGCUGACUCUGGAUAUCACUCUGGGCGUGAUGUUGACCACUUUUUUGCUGACCUUCUUCCCCGCCUUAUAUGCCACCCUGCAUGCCCAAGUCCACAUCCUGUUACGCCUUCUGCUCGGUCUACUGGAAUGGUUGAAAGGUUCCCCGGCCGGUUUGAAGCUCAACGCCGAGCUCAACUCGCUCCUUUGGCGAUUUUUCUCUUAUCAUUUGCACCUCUGGGCGAAUUAUAUUGGAAUUUUGGAGCCAAUUUUAUCCCUGAUCUUAUCCACGAUAAUCUGGAUCGGGCCACUCAGCUUUACUGUGCAGCUCUCCUUGAUGAAAGACCUCAUCAGCAUGGCCACAUUUCAUGUCUACUGUCUCUACAUUUACGCCACGAGACUCUACCACAUCUUCCUUAUCGUGAUAACCUCCCUGGGCCGUCUCUUCUUUGGCCGGAAGUGGAAUCCACUACGAAAUCGGGUCGACCACGUGCACCUCUCGAUCUCGGAAGUCUUCCUGGGCGCUCUCUUCUUCACGAUUGCCAUCUUCCUCUCGCCCACGGUGAUCAUUUACUACGCCGUCUUCUUAUCGCUCCGCUUGACUGUCCUCUUCCUCGAGUUGAGCCUCUCCCACUUUGUCGCCACAUUCAACUCGAUCCGACCCGUGAGCACGCUGCUUAUCUUGGCAAACAGUCCCCGCGUUUGUGACCAAGUUUAUCUCGAACGUCUCCUAGAACCAGAAGAUUCGUCGUCUUCUUCGUUUCAACAUCCGCCCCAAUUUCGGAUUCGCCUGCAAGCCACAAAGUCACCCUUUUCACUGUCUCCGACUUCCUCGGACAGCGACGACGGGGGUGGAUUCAGCCUCUUCAAAACGAUAAGCUACAUCAUCCGGGGGCAAGUUCUUAACCGAUGAGAUGAGAUAAGGUAAACAAGAAAAUAUGUAUUUAUUCUUUGCCAUCAUCAUCAUCAGCACGUGCUUAUCAAUCAGCAAACUUUUACAAUUAAGCAAGAAUUAAAUAAUAGUAACUUAUUUAAUUUCAUAUUUAUCUAAAUA